AUGGCGGCGCGGCACAGCCCGGGCCUCCUCCUGGGGCUUUUGGUCGCCACCGCCGCCCCCUCCCUCGGCCUCCCCGAGCCCCGGGUUUACCUGAGCAGCUGGGCCGUGCUGGUGGCGGAGGGGCCGCGGGAGGCCGGGGGGCUGGCCCGUCGCCAUGGCCUGCUCUGCCUGGGCCAGGUGAUGGAGGGGGAGCCCUAUUACCACUUCACACACCGAGGCACCAGGCAGAGAGCUCUGAGCAGGCACUGGGGCUGGCACAUGAGGCUGACAAAAGAGCCCAAGGUCCUCUGGUUUGAGCAGCAAAGCCUAAAGAGGCGCACGAAGAGGAGCACCAGCGUGGUGCCCACGGAUCCCUGGUUCCACAAGCAGUGGUACAUGAACAAUGACAUCAGUCCCGACCUGAACAUCCUCACUGCUUGGAGCAAAGGGUACACGGGGCUGGGGGUCGUGCUGACCAUCCUGGAUGAUGGGAUCGAGAAGGACCACCCGGACCUGGCUGACAACUACGACCCCUUGGCAAGUUACGACUUCAACAGCAACGACCCCGACCCCCAGCCCAGGUACACUGCUGGCAACGAGAACCGGCACGGCACACGCUGUGCUGGGGAGGUGGCAGCUGCAGCCAACAACCACGUCUGUGGCACCGGGGUCGCCUACAAUGCCAGAGUGGGAGGAGUGAGGAUGCUGGAUGGAGCCAUCACAGACCUGGUGGAGGCUCAGUCCCUCAGCCUGCACCCCCAGCACAUCCACAUCUACAGUGCCAGCUGGGGACCCCUGGAUGAUGGGAGGACAGUGGACGGCCCGGGGGUGCUGGCCACCCAGGCUUUCCUCAGAGGGGCCACCAAAGGACGGGGUGGCCUGGGCUCCAUCUUCAUCUGGGCCUCUGGCAACGGUGGCAUCAACUACGACAACUGCAACUGUGAUGGGUACACCAACAGCAUCUACACCCUGGCAGUGGGCAGUGUCCUGGCGGGGGGACACCAGCCCCGUUAUGGUGAGGGCUGCUCUGCCAUCCUCACCACCACCUUCAGCAGCAGAGCCACCAGCCAGGAGCAGAUCGUCACCACCGACCUCCACCACGGCUGCACCGAUGGGCACACGGGCACCUCUGCCUCUGCCCCGCUGGCUGCGGGGAUCAUGGCCCUGGCACUGGAGGCCAAUCCCACGCUGAGCUGGCGGGACCUGCAGCAUCUCGCUGUCAGAGCCUCCAAACCCGCUCACCUGCAGGCAGAGGACUGGGCUGGGAAUGGUGCUGGGCACAGGGUGAGCCACCACUAUGGCUACGGGCUGCUGGAUGCUGGGCUGCUGGUGGAGAUGGCCAAGACAUGGGCAGGAACUCAGCCUCAGAGGAGGUGCUCAGUGAAGGCUCUGAACACCCCGAGGCACAUCGGCUCCAAGCUCACCAUCUCCACAGACGUCUCCUCCUGCUCGGGGAGCACUGAGCAAAUCCUCUCCCUGGAGCACGUCCAGGUCCAGCUGUCCCUCAGCUACAGCCGUAGGGGGGACCUGGCCAUCUCCCUGACCAGCCCCAUGGGGACCACGUCCACGCUGGUGACCGUACGCCCCUAUGACAUCAGCCAGGAGGGCUACAAGGACUGGACCUUCAUGUCCACACACUUCUGGGAUGAGAACCCAAACGGGACCUGGACACUCCAGCUGGAGAACAAGGGUGAUGCCUAUAACAGAGGGCUGCUCACCAGCUUCAUCCUGCACCUCCAUGGCACCCAGGAGGAUAUGUCAGCCCGGAGCUUCAUGCCCCCUUCCUCGGGGCAGUGCCUCCAGCGGGACAGCCAGGGAGCAUGCCAGGAGUGUGGGGGCUCGCUGUACACCCACCAGGGCUCCUGCCUCUCCUACUGCCCCCCGCGCUACUACAGCUCCCCCCGCAGAGCCACCACUGCCACCACUGCCACCACUGCCCUCGUCUGUGCCAGGUGCCACCCCUCCUGCUACACCUGCCAGGGCCCUUCAGCCACCAACUGCACAGCCUGUGUCCCCAGCCUCACCCUCGACGAGCUCACCCACGCCUGCUCCCCCGUGCAGGGCUCCCCCCCUGAGGAGGGGCUGCGGAGGGACCCGCUCCCCCUGCUCCUCCUGGGGGGGCUGCUCCUCUCAGCCGUCCUCUGUGUCACACACCGUGUGGCCUUUUGCCUUGUGAAACGUGGCCUCUGCUGUCCCCGGGCUGGAAGGACAGUGUGA